AUGGGUGUUACAGGCCUUUGGCAGGCAGUCACUCCAGCAGCAAAGAAAUAUUCUCUGCAAGAGCUCAUGGUCAACCACAUGUUUAAUCUGGAUGGCACAAAAUGCUCUGAGCAUCCAUUCAGGAUUGGUGUUGAUGCCAGUCUUGGACUUAAGUAUUUUUACCCGGUCAGUCCAACUCUGAAAGCUUAUGGAUGGCCAGUUGCCAGCACUCAUUUCGACAUGGACAUGCACAGUGUGGGCAGAACCCAGGAGUUGAGGACGCUCUUUUACAAGUUAGCACACCUGUAUCGCACCCCAGCCGACGUCCUCUUUGUCUUCGAUGGCCUGCAAAAGCCAGCAAUCAAGUGGGGCAAGAAGGUUGUCACUAUUCCACCAUGGCUUACAACGUACUUCAAGGACUUUGCUAGUGCUUUCAGAUUUCGGACACAUGAGGCAGCAGGCGAGGCAGAGGCAGAGCUAGCUGCCCUCAAUCAGCUAGGGGUUAUUGAUGCUGUCUGGACUGAGGAUAGUGAUGCUGACAACGACAAUGACAAGUCCAUUCUAAUGUAUUCCACUAAUGGUUUGGCACAAGAGUCCACUGUUGCAUUGACAAAGGGUGGGCUACUGCUAAUGGCCCUCUUCUGUGGUGGAGAUUACGAUAAUGGCCUCUCAUGUUGUGGAUGGAAGACAACUUGUGCGCUUGCUCAACAUGGUGUUGGAGAUGAGCUGCUACAUGCGGCGACCACUACUGUGAAUGAGGAUGAUCUUACCACAUUCCUUGGACCUUGGGUCAAGCAUGUCUGUGAUCUCCUCACCGAGAUGGGCUGUAAGAAACUUUCUGCCACCUUUCCAACCGACUUUCCCUCCCCUGCUGUUGUCCUGGCAUAUGUUAAGCCCUUGAUCACGUUCAUGUGUGCUGAUCCUGGGCCUCCUCAAGCCUUGUCAAUGCUGCUCAGAAAGCUGCAAGGAAUUGACUUGGAAUGA